AUGAUAUUCUUUGAUGAUGGAUAUACACAGUAUGUAUACCAUAAGAAUAUUCGCCUCGUGUGUGGUGAGUCACCAAAUGUAAGCGACGAUGUACAUGAAAAUAUUCGAGAAUUUGUGAAGGCGUAUUUACUCAAAUAUCCAGAACGGCCUAUGGUGAAGUUUAAUAAAAAACAAAUAGUGCGCACAGAGCUAAACAACGUUUGGCGUUCAGCCAAAGUGAAAAACUUAGAUGCAUCGUUAGUACAGUUAGAAUUUAUUGAUAUGAAGAUCAAACACACAGAGUGGAUAUAUCGGGGCUCAAACAGGUUAGGCCCAAUAUAUAAUCAAUUAAGUAAUCAAUAUAAGCGUGUACGUAGUAUGGUGUUGACUGAUGUUAAUAAGUUAUUAAAACGACCAUAUAUUGAAAUAGACCUGACUGACGAUGAAAAAAGUGUUGACAACAGUGACAAUACUCAAAAACCUCAUGAAAAUAAUGGUGUAAUUAAAUCAAUUGAAAUACCAGCAAACUGUCCAAAACCACUUCCUUACAAGCACCAUGAGUGUUCUUAUUUUUGUAUGUUACGGGUUGAGUAUAACUACAGUAAAACAAAAUAUAUGACUUUCUUAAGUAUUCCAUUACAUUUUGGAUUUACGAGGUCUGUAUUAACAGACAAAAAGUUAAAAUUAAAAAAAGUAAUAUAUACCACUCCUUGUGGGCGUAAUAUAGAUAAUGAAAACGAAAUGUACAACUACUUGAAACUGACAAGUUAUGGUGAUAGCCAAAUGACAAUGGACUUAUUUAGUUUUCAUUGUUCGAUCAAUCCGCUAUCUUUGGUCAGCGUACCAGAAGCGUUUAUUCGUGUACAAGACAUAUCUUAUGAGAUGGAGUUUAAAUCAAUUAGUGUUUUCAACAGUUUGAAUGACUCAGUACCAGACCACGUGAAGUAUAUAACAAAAAGCAUACCUAGCCCUAACGUUGAUUUGAAUAUAGACUCCAAAUCAUUAUGUGGAUGCGAUUGUACUGAUAAUUGCGAAGACAAAAAUAAAUGUUCCUGUUGGCAACUUACUAACGAAGGUCCAAAAAAUUUUCCCGGUUAUUUUAAAAACCGUGAUAACAUUGGCUACAGUUUCAAACGGCUAUACAAACAAGUAUUUACGGGUAUUUAUGAAUGUAAUGCCAGUUGUAAAUGUAAGAAAACUUGUUUAAAUCGUGUUGUUCAGGAACCACUGAAGACGUCACUGCAAUUGUUUUUCACUAAGAAAAAAGGCUGGGGGGUGAGAACGCUCGCUGAUAUUCCCAAAGGCAGUUUUGUUUGUACAUAUCUUGGGGUGGUUCGCACAGAGAAAGAUGCUGAUGCUGAUCUUUUGUCAAACUGGGGCGAAUAUCUGGCAGAUUUGAAUUUUAUCGUGACAGCUGAAGAAUACAAAGAUGGAUAUGAAAGUAGUGCAGAGUAUGUAGAUCCUACUAGUUCAUCUGAUGAUGAAGAGUUAAAUCUUGGUUUGGCAAUCAAGAGUAAAGGUAGUAAGUUUAAAUCUAGAAGGCCGUCAAGGAAGAAUUUACAAAAUACAAAUACAAAAAUUGAUGGAAAACAUGAACUGUCUAAGUUAAAUAUUCAACAAAAAGUUGAAAGUAAAAUCACAUUUUUGCAAGGCUACAUAGAAAAAGAAGAUGACUUCUACACGUUGGAUUCUAAGGUCUGUGGGAACAUAGGUCGCUAUUUUAAUCAUUCUUGUAAUCCAAACAUAUUUCUUCAAAAUGUUUUUAUCGAUACGCACGACCUAAGACUUCCAUGGGUGGGAUACUUUGCAAAAUCAAAUAUUCCAGCAGGAACCGAACUAACAUGGGAUUAUAAUUAUAUGGUUGGCAGCGUGAAAGACAAAAUACUUAUGUGCCACUGUGGGUCAAAAAAAUGCAGGGGCAGACUAUUAUAAUUUGUAUUUGUAAUUCUUAGUUAAUUGUUUUUUUUUUCUUUUUUACAUAGAGACAACAGAAUAUGUUAUACUUCGAUGAUUUACCCAUGUGUGUGAUUGUGUGAAUAAUAUUAUCA